CUAGUUUUAGUUGUUGUGGUAUGACAGGAAUACGGUGUCCAUACGCUAUCCUGACAGCUUGCUCACAGUCACAUCCAUUCGAAGAAAGGCGUUUUACAGUACCAAAUUCGGAAGAAGAGGCGAUGAAGAUUGGACGAUCAGUUGCACGAUGGAAACCCAGUUCGGACAAUGCUAUCUUUGAUUGCAAGGUGUUGUCAAGAAAUCAUGCAGUGUUAUGGCAUGAAGAAGGUUGUUUUCUUCUCAAAGAUACGAAAAGCAGCAAUGGGACGUUUGUUAACAACGAUCGGUUGUCUAAAAGCGCGGAAGAAAGUCCUCCGCGACAGAUAUAUUCCGGUGAUAUAUUACAAUUCGGUGUAGAAAUUUCUGAAAAUGCCAAUAAAGUGACUCAUGGUUGCAUCUUGGCUAUGAUACGUCUUUAUGAUGCAAAUGGUGAAGAGGCUUGUCCCCCGGAUAAUAUGGAAAUUAAUGGAUUUUUAAGAGCACAUGACAGUGAUUCCCUGAUGUUCCCACUGGUUGACUCCCACCAGCUCUUCCAGUUGCAACACUAUAUGCGUGAGGCAAUUUAUCGAGAACGUGCACUCGAGCAAAAGCUUGCAAUGCUGGAAAAUAUCCUUUCCGCUACUGAGCAGGCUGCAGAAUCAGGUUGCCAGGCAUUGAUAAGUGAGGAUCAGUUACUAUCACGAAUCGAAAUGCUGGAAGGACAGCUUGCACUGUAUUCGAAAAAUAUUCUUAGCGAAAAGGUGAAAGAGCAAAUGAGUGACUUACUUGUGGACAAAAACAAAUUUGAAUCACUUGCAAAGGAGUCGUUACGUAGAGCACAAGAAGAACGAUGCGAAGCUUUGCAACGACUUGCUGAUGUUGAAAGAAGCCUACUUAAUGCUGAAGAGGAAUCAUCAGUUCUGAGACAGCGAGUUGCUGAUCUCGAAAAUGAACUUUCUGUGGCGGUAGAUGCAAAUAGUUUGCUUCGGGACCAUGUCACACAGCUAAAAAAGCAAUUUAAAACAAUGGAAUUCAAAUACGGAAACCUAGAGGAUAAGAAUUUCUCGGUAUGA